AUGCCUAUCCGUCCUCUCGACGACUGGGCCGUGGGUCGCACCCAGUCCCUCCCCCUCUCCGCCCUGAAAGGAGCUGUGAUUGGAAUUGAUGCAUCACACUACAUUCAACAACACCUGGUGAACCAGUCGACUAGAGAAGCUCUUCUGGGCGCUCUGGGCGGCUUCCCGUUUGCUUUGAAGAACAACAUCGAAAAAGAGCUCCAGGCCCUGAAAAGUCUUGGUAUCGGCUGCAUUUUUGUCUUCAACGGACUCGAAUUCGGCAAAAAGGAUCAACGCAUUCAGGCCCAACCUGCUUCGGUGCGCUCAUUUGAGCAAGCUUGGGAGCUCUAUGACCAGCAACAAGCCGACCAGGUCGUGGACGCCUUCAGCAACGCUGGUAUGACAACCUUUCCCUUUGAAUUACCAACAACAAUCUGGCUGCCGUCGCCAACAGCAGCUCUCACUUACUGGAAUUGGACAUUCCAACUUUACCCAACCUUAGCUGACCAACCUCACAACUCAGGGACCCCACCCCCGGAAACACUCUUUAAGUUCCUGCAACGGAUCCUGAACCAAAAUGGCAUCUCCUUCAUGGUGGCACCAUAUAGUGCGGUCGCACAACUCUCGUACCUCGCCCGCGGCUCUAACCCUGUCGUCGAUGCCGUGUACGGACCCUCCGAAGCAUUUUUAUUUGAUUUAGACAAGCUGGUGACCCGGAUUGAGACCGAACAAGCCCAGUUUACCUGGCUCACAAAGCAGACCUGCCAGGAGGAGCUUGGACGCCUGUCGAACGACCAGUUCAUCGAAUUCCUUCUUCUUUUAGGGUCUCCCUUCCUCCGUCCCUGCCCUCUUUUCGAUAACCCCGCCUAUCCAGGAAAACUUCCCAACAUUAGCGAUGCCCUGCCCAUGUACAAUUCUGCAGCACGAUCCGCUUUGGCCAUGUGCGGCCAGUAUGAGGAACACCGUCGCAUGAACGAAUCCCAGUAUGUGGACCGAUUCAAGCGGGCAUAUUUGAGCGUGAAACAUCACGUCUAUAUGGAUAUUGAUGGGAGAGUUGCUCCUAUGAACCCGGAAAACGUUUCUUCAGAUUUGCAUGAACUUAUAGGCCAACGCCUUCCUGAGGAGCUUUACUUCUACUUAUCGAAGGGUGUUCUAGGAGCAGACGUACCGAAUUUUCUGACAUCAGGAGAAGUGCGGAUUUCAUUACCACUAGGCGCAGAGGAUACGGAGGUGUAUCGUCACCUUGUGGGCGACACUCUUACCCCGAUCCGGACACAAUCAAUUUGCCUGUUAGCCAAUUCGCUUCACCGAUUCUACCAAACGAAAGAAAUUCACAUUCAUCCUUGGUUUGACGAAGACUCAGAGCAAAUUAUUAACCUGAAAGGUAUUCCCUCCGUGAAAGAGACUAUCCAAUCCUGGAAGAUUUCUUCAAGCCACUUCCCAGAGAGCGUCAAGAAGUUGUCAGCCACCCCUGGCUCUUUUAAGUUUGCUCUUCAGAGCCUCAAUAACUCCGACUUCGUAACCCAAUCGUUUGCUACUAAACAAACCCCAGCUUUAUCAGCACAGGAGGAUAUCCUCUCUAAUGUCAUGUGGCGCUUCUUGCAACUACGUGGAUAUGUCGAUGACAAGCACAAGCUCACCUCGUGGGGAAAGUGCUUGGAGCAAGCGCUUUCGGUCGUGGAACCUGCAGAUAAUUUGGAAGAUGUUAUAUUCAUUGCUAUCGAGAUGCUCCGCUUCGAUCUUCUCAACACUAAGCAUUGGUUCUCGCAGGUAUCGGGUGGCCCUAUGAGGGGAUCAGGUAUGAUACUGCUGAUAUCCUACGUUAAGAAGCCGUCGCUAACCCACUACUUUGAUGCAGAGGAGGAUAAAACAUUCAAUAUGCUCGUUUCCCGCGUUGCAUGUAUCGCGAAAUUGCAACACAAGAGCAUUGGUUAUUCCGGUCCAUUGAGCCGCCAGCUUCUCUGCUACCGGUCCCUGGUCUCUGAAGUGCGCUCUGCACUGAGGAAUCUAGUCGAGGUUGUUUUAACUGGUCUUUUGCUCAGCGGAGACGCUGAUCGGGAACGUAAAGACUGGACUGAAAUGUCAAUUAAGUUGCCUUUCAUUGAUGAUAAUGACUGUGGCCUUGGAAUCGCUGUUCGCACCUAUCUGGAUGAUCUUCCAUUACAAGCAGAUCCCACUUCACCCGACGCCCGGGCGGAGGUUAAAUCUAAGGGCAAAGAAUGGUUCCAACACAGCGAAAGCUUCACUGGCAAUUUGGAUCACGCCUUCAAACUCUGGGAUGCGGUCUACAAGGGCACACAAACUGCAGGCAAGGACUUGAAGGACACCAAGCUGUGGGAGGACGCAAACAAAUGGCUGGCUGAGCGACGCUGA